AUGGAGCAGGGCAAUAACCACGUCACAUGGAGCAGGGGCUAUAACCACCUAGAAGACGUGGACACAAAGCUAGAGGACGUGGACACAAAGCUAGCAGACGUGGACACAAAGCUAGCAGACGUGGACACAAAGCUAGCAGACGUGGACACAAAGCUAGCAGACGUGGACACAAAGCUAGCAGACGUUGACACAAAGCUAGAAGACGUGGACACAAAGCUAGCAGACGUGGACACAAAGCUAGAAGACGUGGACACAAAGCUAGAGGACGUGGACACAAAGCUAGAGGACGUGGACACAAAGCUAGAAGACGUGGACACAAAGCUAGAGGACGUGGACACAAAGCUAGCAGACGUGGACACAAAGCUAGCAGACGUGGACACAAAGCUAGCAGACGUGGACACAAAGCUAGCAGACGUGGACACAAAGCUAGCAGACGUUGACACAAAGCUAGAAGACGUGGACACAAAGCUAGCAGACGUGGACACAAAGCUAGAGGACGUGGACACAAAGCUAGAGGACGUGGACACAAAGCUAGAAGACGUGGACACAAAGCUAGAAGACGUGGACACAAAGCUAGAAGACGUGGACACAAAGCUAGAGGACGUGGACACAAAGCUAGAGGACGUGGACACAAAGCUAGAAGACGUGGACACAAAGCUAGAGGACGUGGACACAAAGCUAGCAGACGUGGACACAAAGCUAGCAGACGUUGACACAAAGCUAGAAGACGUGGACACAAAGCUAGAAGACGUGGACAAAUUCUGUAACCAGCUCACGUGUGUGUAUGCGGUGAUUGAAAGUACCCAGUAG